AUGCCGUUCUCUGGAUUAGUCAGGGAAAAUGGAACAUGGGUGGGAAAAGGCUAUGCGUUUUACUUGUUUAAGUUGCUUAGUUCCAAAUUAAAUUUCACAUAUACGAUCAUACCGCCUAAGCAGCACGUGUUGGGCAACAGCCAACGUGGAAUACUAAAUUUACUUUACGAGAAGAAAGUAGAUAUGGCGGUGGCCUUCUUGCCUAUUUUACCGGAGUUGCGGAAGUAUUGUACGUUCAGUACAACCCUGGAGCAAGGCGAGCUGACGGUAAUGAUGAAGCGACCGCAAGAAUCGGCAACCGGUUCGGGAUUACUUGCACCAUUUAACAGAACCGUUUGGCUGUUUGUGCUGGCUGCAGUGGUCUCUGUUGGACCCGUAAUCUACAUCUUUGCUACGUUCAGGGCGAAGUUGUGGAACAAACACGACUCCGAAAACUUCAGCUUAUUCUCUUGCGUAUGGUUUGUGUAUAGUUCUUUGUUAAAACAAGGAACCAAUAUAAUCGCGACAACAG